CUACGAUAUCCUGCAACGUUCAUGCAAAUUCGGCUCUACUGAAGCAAUAGACCUGAGGCACCUCUCAGGUGACCCUUGGUAUUGGUGAACGUGUAUAUAUAUAUAAAAAUGGCGAAAAGUGAUACAUUCAAGGGUUUCAAAGCCUUUCCAGUGAAGUUCAGUGCGGAGAGUACUACACAACAUUGGUUAUAUUAUAAGGAACAUUCUGUGCGAGAAAAGAAUUCCAGUAAACCCACAAACAGAACGCUCUUCAUCAUAAAUGUACCUCCAUAUUGUAAUAAGGAUUGCUUUAAGCGAAUUUUCAGUGUAUGUGGAUCAGUAACAUCAGUAUUCUUUCAUCAGAAGCCAUCAGCAGGCACAACACCUCCUGAAGAAUCACAGUUUUUCACAAAGUGCCCACGAAUUAAGGGAUUCAAGGUUGCAUAUGUGGUGUUUGAAGAUAACAGAGGACUUCAGAGGGCUUUGAAACUGGGAGAGAAUAUGAAACCAGUAAUUUUAUGCACAAAAGAGACACCCAUUUUAUGUGGAUUACAAAAAUGGUGCCAAGAAUAUAACAACAGAAUACCAGAUAUCAGUCUUUUACAGAAAGAAAUUGAUACUUUCAUGGAAAAAUUUGAUGAUGAAGCCCACAGAAAGGCCCUAAAGGAAAAGGAAAUGAUGCAAGAGGAUGAGGAGGGCUGGAUCACAGUCACAAAGAGAGGGAGAAAGCCUGGAUUUGCCCGUAAGGAAAGCGUUGAAAAGAAAAUAAUGGGAAAAGAAAAGCAACGAAGAUCAAAGAAAGAACUGCGAAACUUCUACAGAUUUCAAAUACGGGAGUCCAAAAUGAAACAUUUAGUGAAUCUGAGGAAAAAAUUUGAAGAAGACAAGAAGAAGUUGGCACUUCUGAAACAGUCAAGAAGAUUUAAGCCAUUUUAAUCAAUGCUUCACCAUUGUCAGAUGCUUUCAGUUAAUGUCAAUAAAAGCCACAUGUGAAAUAGUAAAAUAUGUGAAACAAAUAAGGCUAAAUAAAGGUGUUACAAUAAUUAUCCCA